AUGGGCUCCAACGGACGAUUUGAUACGUUCGGCCAGCCUUUCAUGGACGAGCUAAAAGGCGGACGGACGAGACGAGAGAGCCUCAUGGUCUGCCACGCGCAGUCUCUCGCUCGCCCGCCAGGCUCGUUCCGGGCGCUCUUCGAUCUGACCCCUUACCCUGCGGCUACUGUUGCAGCUGGGUGCAUGCCUGGCCAUUCUGAGAAACCCACGAAGCUGCCCCAGACCCGGACGAACUUGCUGCUGUCAAGCCUUUGCCAUCAUCAUCACAUUAUCCACCUCUUCUCCUGCCCAUUGGAAGAUGGGCCCGUUGACGCCAAGGCCAUGGAAACCAUUCCCCUUGAUACCCUGCUCUAUGUGGAGCGAGCUGCAUUCGACAAGGUCAGGACCCAGCCUAUCGUGAGCGGAGCGACUGACGCAACCGUCAACGUUACCCUACCCAGAUGGGAAGGGCGUGAGAGUCUGUGUAGCAUGUGCAUGAAACAAGAACCGCCAAGUCGUCAAACUCUUCGUUGGUCCACGCCCUCGACUCGUCUCGAAAUACAUGCCGCUCCCCCGGCUGAUUGUUUGAGGCGGUGCAAGCGACGAACGCAACAGAAAGCUGUCUAG